CGAGAGAGCGGGGGCCUCCGCCGCGCACCCACUUCUUCCCAGCCUCGUCUCAGCGGGGUCUUCCCCCGGGAACCCCCAUUUGACAGAUGAGAAAAUUGAGGCUCCGAGAGGCCAAGUGACUCUCAAGGUCACACACAGAGGAAGCAGCAGAGCCCAGGGGGGCGGCUCUGGCUAGCCCCUAGGAAAAGUCUGCCCGAGAACUCCGUGGAGGAGCACCCCUGCCCAACCCGGGGGCGUGUGUGGAGGGGGCUGGAGACCUCUCCGUUGGGCAAGGUUCUGCCAGGGCCUGGGGUGAGGGCGACACGACGGCUCUGGACCGCGGAGGAAGGGGGCGGCGGAAUGGGCGUGUCCGCGCACCCACAGGGGGUGUGCCUGUGUGUGGGAGAGUGUACAUGCGUGUGGAUGCAUUGGCUGAGUGUGGACUCACGUGUGCAGAUGUCGCGCCGCUGCGGCCGCGGGAUCCGAGGCUGGCCUGGCUCCAGUGAGCAGCAGGUCAGGGAGCCGGCCCCUGCUACGGGUCUGCAUUCUGAGGGGUCCGGUGCAAGCCCCGCGGGAGGCUCCCGGAGCGCAGCUUGGGCCCAGCCCACUCGUGCCGGCGGCCAUGGCAAGCACCCUGGACCUGGACAAGGGCUGCACAGUGGAGGAGCUGCUCCGCGGCUGCAUUGAAGCCUUCGAUGACUCCGGGAAGGUGCGGGACCCGCAGCUGGUGCGCAUGUUCCUUAUGAUGCACCCCUGGUACAUCCCCUCCUCUCAGCUGGCGGCCAAGCUGCUCCAAAUCUACCAACAAUCUCGGAAGGACAACUCCAGCUCGCUGCAGGUGAAAACGUGCCACCUGGUCAGGUACUGGAUCUCAGCGUUCCCAGCGGAGUUUGACUUGAACCCGGAGCUGGCUGAGCAGAUCAAGGAGCUGAAGGCACUGCUGGACCAAGAGGGGAACCGGCGGCACAGCAGCCUCAUCGACAUCGAGAGCGUCCCCACCUACAAAUGGAAGCGGCAGGUGACCCAGCGGAACCCUGUGGGACAGAAAAAGCGGAAGAUGUCUCUGUUGUUUGACCACCUGGAGCCCAUGGAGCUAGCGGAGCAUCUCACCUACCUGGAGUACCGUUCCUUCUGCAAGAUCCUGUUCCAGGACUAUCACAGUUUCGUGACUCAUGGCUGCACCGUGGAUAACCCGGUCCUGGAGCGUUUCAUCUCCCUCUUCAACAGUGUGUCGCAGUGGGUGCAGCUCAUGGUUCUCAGCAAGCCCACAGCCCCUCAGCGGGCCCUGGUCAUCACGCACUUCGUCAAUGUGGCAGAGAAGCUGCUGCAGCUGCAGAACUUCAACACGCUGAUGGCGGUGGUCGGCGGCCUGAGCCACAGCUCCGUCUGCCGCCUCAAGGAAACUUACAGCCACGUUAGCCCUGAGACCAUCAAGCUCUGGGAAAGUCUGACUGAACUAGUGACGGCCACGGGCAACUACGGCAACUACCGGCGCCGGCUGGCAGCCUGCGUGGGCUUCCGCUUCCCCAUCUUGGGUGUGCACCUCAAGGAUCUAGUGGCCCUGCAGCUGGCACUGCCCGACUGGCUGGACCCUGCCCGGACCCAGCUCAAUGGCGCCAAGAUGAAGCAGCUCUUCAGCAUCCUGGAGGAACUGGCCAUGGUGACCAGCCUGCGGCCACCAGUGCAAGCCAACCCCGACCUUCUGAGCCUGCUCACGGUGUCACUGGAUCAGUAUCAGACAGAGGAUGAGCUGUACCAGCUGUCUCUGCAGCGGGAGCCACGUUCCAAGUCCUCGCCAACCAGCCCCACAAGCUGUACCGCACCUCCCCGGCCCCCAGUGCUGGAGGAGUGGACCUCCGCCGCCAAACCCAAGCUGGACCAGGCCGUCAUGGUGGAGCACAUCGAAAAGAUGGUGGAGUCUGUGUUCCGGAACUUUGAUGUCGACGGGGAUGGCCACAUCUCACAAGAAGAAUUCCAGAUCAUCCGUGGGAACUUCCCUUACCUCAUCGCUUUUGGGGACCUUGACCAGAACCAGGACGGCUGCAUCAGUAGGGAGGAGAUGGUCUCCUACUUUCUGCGCUCCAGCUCGGUGCUGGGCGGCCGCAUGGGCUUCGUACAUAGCUUCCAGGAGAGCAGCUCACUGCGGCCGGUCGCCUGCCGCCACUGCAAGACCCUGAUCCUGGGCAUCUACAAGCAAGGCCUCAAAUGCCGAGCCUGUGGCGUGAACUGCCACAAGCAGUGCAAGGAUCGCCUGUCAGUUGAGUGCCGACGCCGGGCGCACAGUGUGAGUCUGGAGGGGCCUGCACCCUCACCCACACACACCCACCAUCGCGCCUUCAGCUUCUCCCUGCCCCGCCCAGGCAGGCGAGGCUCUCGACCUCCAGGGGGAUCGACAAAGGAUUGGAGAAGGAGUUAUGUGAGCCAUUUGCCUGCAUUUCCCUUCUGGCUGCUCUUGGAGGCCGCUCUGACAAAUGUCCUUGCUCUGAUAAUCUCUCAGUGGCUGUCUUGGGGUCUCUGGUGGUUUUAGGUCAAUUUGCUGAAUGACAAUUCACCAAAUGAUUAUUUUGCCGAGAACAGUUUGAACAACCACGUUAAGCUGAGGUCUAAGGCAGUUGACCACAACUGCUCGGGUUGGCAUAAGUCCUCAAAAAUAGAAAAGAUAAAAAGCAUUUGCAUUGAGCCUUGCAGAAGUGCUGGGGUCUAAAAUCUGAAAUCCACACAAAAUCGACAUUUAAGCAAACUGCACCGAUAAGUCUGUGGCUGCGAAAAAGCUGCGGCAAAAUGAAAACUUAGAAAAGGAGCCUCAAAAAUUGGGCCAUUUGGUCAUUCAGUGAAUUGAUUUUUGGUGGAUGGAUUUGUUUCCCGGAUGGAGUGGGGUG